AAAUGGACAAUGAGCGAAGAUACAGAGGAUAGAAUUCUCUGCAUGCAGCAUUGUACUAAUCAAAUGAAUAUUUUCUUCUCAAAGUUUCCGGAGACAUGUCCACUGUGUGGUAAAUCACUGAAAGGUUGUUCUUUGAUAAUUCCGCCUUUCCGUGUUCCAAGUCCAUUUUUGUCACAAAAUGACAGUUCGUGCUCUUUUGUGGUGAAGCCGACGAGGGGCUCUUUCUUGAGAGAAUAUACAAGUGGAGAUAAUCUUCAUGUUGGAAUUACCUCAUCUAAUGGAAUGGUUUAUAAUUUUGAUGAACUUGGGCUUCAUGCAGAUAGAACUGGCUGGGAACAGUGUCUUGUUGUAGGCAUAACUGAAAUUAAAGAUUUUACUUCAGAGCUUUGGGACUCCAGACUAAAACAGAUGUAUAGCAGUAGUCUAUGGACUCCAGAAGAGUAUGAUGAACACAACAAUAAUUGCUAUGAUUUUGCUCUUGGCUUCCUGAAUCAGUUUUUGCCAACAAAUAUGGAACCCUUCAAAAAGCUGGAUUUUUGUAAAAAUUAUAUUCUCCCAUGGACUAUAAGAGCUGCUCAGUAUAUUGAUUUAUUCAGACGUGUGCAAGAUGCUGGUGGAGUUGUUGUGGAAAGGUGUCGGAGAUGAUGUCUAUAUUGUGAUACUUAUGAAUUUAUCAGGGCAAAUGGAGGAAUUAUUGAAUCAUUAAACAAAUGUUCUUCAUGUCAGUCUGAUUUGUUGUGUAAUUGCUUUUAACUCUUUAACUCCCAGAAGUGAUCAACAUGUAAUUUCUCCCUAUAAUUUACAUACAUUAUCUAGCAAGCAGGUAAUGAGAAUACCUAAAUUUAUCAGGAGCAAGUUUUUAUCUUGAUUCAAAACCAAACACUUGUCACUAAUUUACAAGGAAAUCUGCAGAAAGUGUAGGGAGAAUUAAGAAUUACAUCUUGGGAG